UCUCAACGUGGGAAGAUCCAUGCUACAUGGGAAUUACUGUAAUCGAACUUCUGGGACCUAAUCAAGAAUCUAUUCCUCUUUCAUUCAGCAUGUUGAAGAUAAAAUACGAUGCAUUUUAAAGGAAGAGAAAGAACUGAGGGAGUGGAAGAAUAUAACAGAUUAAUAAAUGGAACAAACGUGACAAUGAGUGAUGAACACAUAUGGCUGAUACCAUUCACUGAUGGGCAGGAUCGUCUUCUGACAGUAGACGUGGGACACACCACCCCUUUGGUAAGAUUCAGAGUUUGGAACUAUAACAAGUCCACAGAUGAUUCCUUUAGAGGGGCCAAACAAGUUCAAGUUAAGCUCGCUGAUAAGAAUAUUUCACAACCUGAAGGAUUUCUCUCGAGAAAAGAAUGUUUUCUUUAUUAAAACCACAUGAGGAUAUGCAGCGCAUGGUACUUCGACCAAGGACGUGGAACGCAGUUUCAACUGUUUUCCACUUGGGGAGAUCCUUACUACGUCGGUCUAAACGGCCUUGAAUUUUACGAUGAAAAUGGCUACAGACUACGCCUUACGGAAAACAACAUAACCGCGCAUCCCCACAGUGUGAACGUUUUACCAAGAGUAGUAGAUGAUAUAAGAACUCCUGACAAGUUGAUAUACGGUGUGAAUGACACUUAUGAUGGACGGCACAUGUGGUUUGCUCCCAUCUUAC